AUUGCGUCAUUUCUUAAUCGACUCGUCUGUGUAAGUGUUUACGUUUCGAAGAGCAGCUUGAUUCUUCUAACACUAGGCUCGUCGCGCGUGGCAAUUUGUCGCAUAUUGAAUUUCAUUAAUUGUUAGAUGUUUCAGUCGAUCUUCGUCGAUGCAACUAUACGAAUAUAUGUUCCGGUCGAACGUUAAAAACAGUUGUGACAUUUCGGUUCUCCGUAACAGUUUUCAAUCGAACCUUUAUUUAAAUUAAAUUUCUAAUUAUAACUUAAAUUAAGAUUAUUAAAUUAAUUUCUAAUUAUUUUUAAUUGAAUUUUUAAAAAUUUUAAUUGAUUAAAGAAUUCCAAUAACAUAGCAUUUUAACGUAUUAAACAUAACAAGCUAUUUUACACAAACAAAGCUAAUUUAUUUCAACAUUUCUCAAAUUGAUGCAUUAUACACUUGCAUUAGCCAUUUAAUUUUUUAAACGCAGGGCAGGAAUAUUGCAAAAACAAAAUCUUCAAAGUUAUAUAAAAGAUAUGUCCAAAGUGUCAUUUCAAUUCAUUACGUACGAAUAAAGUAUAUUGAAGUUCAUUUAGAUUGUCUCACUUCAAUAUUUAAUUACGGAAUAAUAACCGUUCGUAUGGGAUAGUUUCUGCGUGAAAUUCUCGGUCAACAAUGUGUUAAAUAUCAAGUUUUAUUGUUUCACUGUAUGAAAUCGAAUGGCAAGGGACAAGGUACCGGAAGUGAAGGUGGCUCGUGAUGGCGAGCCAACUGUGGAAGGCGCUCUCCAGGAGGCGCAUCGAUGAGAACCAGGAGAACAAAAGCGAGCUGGCGCGUGUCCUCGGGCUGUUCGAUCUGACGGCACUCGGCGUUGGCUCGACCCUCGGCCUCGGCGUCUACGUCCUCGCUGGCAGCAUCGCGAAAGAGAUCGCCGGCCCAGCUGUUUGCAUCUCUUUCCUCAUCGCUGCUAUCGCUUCCGCGUUUGCCGGUAUGUGCUACGCGGAAUUCGCUUCCAGGGUACCAAUGGCAGGGUCGGCGUACGUUUACAGUUACGUCACGGUGGGCGAAUUCGUCGCUUUUAUCAUAGGAUGGAAUUUAAUUUUGGAGUAUGUAAUAGGGACCGCAAGCGUCGCCCGCGGUUUGAGUAACUACUUGGACGCCUUGAUCGGGAACGCGAUAAGCAAAGCGUUGAUCUCCGUCAUGCCGAUUCGCGUCUCGUUCCUAUCGGAAUACCCUGAUUUCUUCGCGUUCGGCGUGGUGAUGCUCCUCGCCAUCCUGCUGAGCGUGGGCGUUAAAGAGUCCUCCAUGUUGAACAACAUUUUCACCGUUGUGAAUCUGCUCACUAUCGUGAUCAUCGUCGUGGCAGGAUCUAUAAAGGCCGACCCUGCGAAUUGGAGGAUACCGCUGGAAGAUAUACCGGACACGGUGAAAAACGCUGGGACAGGCGGAUUCGCGCCGUUCGGCGUCAGCGGAAUAAUGAUCGGAGCUGCGAAAUGUUUCUACGGUUUCGUGGGUUUCGACGCAGUGGCAACCACCGGCGAAGAAGCCAAAAAUCCACAGAAGAACAUACCCAUAGCCAUCGUUUUAUCCCUGGUCAUCAUCUUGAUGGCUUAUUUCAGCAUCUCCACUGUGCUGACUAUGAUGUGGCCUUAUUAUGAUCAGGACGCUGACGCUCCAUUUCCCUAUGCAUUCGAACAAAUUGGAUGGAUCGCCAUCAAGUGGAUUGUUAACAUUGGAGCAGCGUUCGCGCUGUGCACGAGCUUGCUGGGAUGUAUGUUCCCCUUGCCGCGUAUAUUAUACGCCAUGGGCAGCGAUGGAAUAAUCUUCAAGUAUUUCGCGAUCGUGCACCCGAAAACCAUGACACCUGUUUUCGGCACGGUGAUCGCUGGUUUGUUGACCGGCGCCAUGACUCUUAUAUUCAAUCUGCACCAGUUGAUCGACAUGAUGUCCAUCGGAACGCUGUUGGCUUAUACGAUAGUAGCUAUUUCUGUUUUAAUAUUGAGAUACCAAGAGAAAGAAUGUGUCUCUAACAAUCAUUCCUUAGGGAUGACAAUGAAUAGUUAUGAAUUGACACCAAUUAAUAUCUUGAAGCAAGUAUUCAAUCUUUAUAAUCAAAAGGAAGCAACUGAGAUUUCUAGCAAAGUUGCAAAGUAUGGUAUUGUACUGUUAUGUAUUAUUAUAUUUAUUAUUGCACUGUUUAUCAAUAACGUGGGCGCAAAUGCCUUUGGCAAUAAUGUAAUAGAAACUGUGAUACUAGUCAUACUUGUGAUAAUAUUGUUUUUGAAUUUAGCAGCUGUCGCUAGGCAGCCUGUUCAAGAAACUGACAUAGCAUUUAAGGUACCGUUAGUGCCAUUUUUACCAACUUGUAGCAUUUUUAUCAAUUUUUAUUUGAUGUUGCAAUUAGACGCUUUCACGUGGAUCAGGUUCUCUAUAUGGAUGAUAAUUGGAUUUGUUAUUUAUUUCUUUUACGGCAUAUCUCACAGUGAACAAAGAAAAAGAGAUAAGGUGGAAGCUGAAAUGAUAAAAAGAAAAUACGCGGAUCAAGUUAGAAUUGUAACUAGAUUCUAACAGCAAUAUUGAAUUAUGUGAUAUUGUUUGGUAUUAAGAUAUAAUGAACUCAAAAAAAGACCCUAGGUAUUACAAGAAGUGAUUACCAUUACAACAUUACAAUACGAUUAAUAUACAACUCGCGUAAGAGUAGUUAGAAAAAGGAAAAGACAUUAUCGUUUUGACUGUAUAAAGUAUUUUUAACAAUAUUAUUAUUAUAAUGUAAAAUAAUUCUUACCACGAAACUAUAGCCAGUCAGAUACUGACCAUUUUAUAUCAGUAUAUGCAUAAAUUAUUGCGCGUUGUAAAAUGAUUAUAUUAUUAUUUUAAGCAUACUCACAACAUUAUUUCGUAAAAACCUCUGACCUAUUAUAUAGCAUACAAAGAUAUUGUAAAAUCUGUUUGUUCCUUUUUGUAUUUAUAUAU